AUGAUGCCAUACGGGGGUCAACCAUUUCACCCUGGGCAGCAGCAACCUCAACAGCAACAGCAGCAGCAACAGCAAACUACUCAAGCGCAACAUCCUUUGGGUGGUUCGCGCCAGCAUAUCCCGUCGCCGUCGCUGGCCGCGGCGCCGAAUUUGCCGCAACAUGGCAGUCCAUUUCCAGGAAAUAAGCCGCUGUUCAGAGCGCAGCCGCAGCAACAUUUUGCAUCGCAGUCGCCCGAUUUGCGCAAGAUGGCCCCGACCUCUGGUUCUCUUGCAGGGUAUCCGACAACGACUAGCUUUGCGCAAUUUCCCGGUCAAUUUCCGCCACAAAGCUCUCCGGACUUGAUGGCUAGGAAUCAAGACCCUAUGGCGCUGCAGAAUUUACAGCGCGGCUAUAACCCCAUGGCUCAUUUACAGAGACAACCGGGAAUGAGUCCACCCACGGGCGUGCCUCAUCAGCAUGGCUUGAACAUGCCAUCGCCACAGCAGGCGUUGAACGGGCUUCCCCGGGUCGGACUCCACCAGAGAGAGAAUCAUUCCUCUGGCAGUCCCUCCAUGGCUAGUCCAUCCAUGAAUGCUAUUUAUCAACAACGCCAACCUCAGUCGCAACCCCAGUCUCCUCAACAGACCCAGCAGCAGUUGCAACAAAGGCAACAUCAGCAGUUCCAACAACAGCAGGAGCGUAUGCAUCAGCAAAGGUUAGAGCAGCAGAAACUCCAACAGCAACAACAACAGCAACAGCAACAGCGUAUGGAACAGCAACGACUGGAGCAACAACGUAUGGAACAGCAACGCCUUGAGCAACAGCGUAUAGAGCAGCAAAAGCAAGCUGAGCAGCAGAAACUGGAACAACAGAAGCGGAUGGAGGAGCAGCAAACGGCCGAGCAACAGAAGCGACUUGAAACGCAGCGUCUUGAGCAAGAACGUCUGGAGCAAGAACGCCUGGAACAGCAGCGCCUUGAACAGCAACAGCAGCAGCGUAUUGAACAACAACGACUGGAGCAGCAACAUAUGGAACAGCAGCGUCUUGAGCAACACCUGAAGCAGCAAAGGAUGCAAAAGCUACAAGCAGCUCAAGCGCAUCAUCCUUACCAGCAGCAACAUUCCCCUUUCUCGCAGCACACCCAAACCCAGUUCCAUCAAUAUCAUCCGCAACCCCAGGCUCAGAGCCAGUAUACCUCACAGCUACCUCAAUUCUCUCAACCUUCUCAGCAACCUCAGUUCCCUCAAUCACAAGCGCAGUUCCAGCACUAUCAGCCACCUUCACAACCUUCGGCUGAGUCGCAAAGACCGUCUGUGGCAACCCAGGCAUCGACUGGAACCGUCAAAAGCGAAGAGCCAAGUCCUGCUCCGAAGAAGAUGUCAAGGCCCAAAGGUCGACCUCCUGGUGCCAAAUCUCAGCCAACUCCCCAGGUCGUAGCUCAAGUUCAACCUACAAUGGGACAAACUCAAAUGCAGAGCGCUCCUUCCACCGUACCACUCACCACCCCUGUUCAAAACGGGCAGGCGCAGCCACAGGCGACUUCUGCCUUGAUUACCGGUGGUGAGCAACCGGUAACACCACUCCCAAAGCGGAAACGUGGACGGCCACGGAAAGAGGAAGUCGCGGCCAGGCAAGCUGCCGCGGCUGCGCAGGCGGCGGCAAAUGGUCAACCGAUUCCUUCUUCUCAAUCAGGACAAGCUUCCUUCACGCCAAACAUGACCCCGACUGCUCCGAGCAUCCAAACUCCUAUCAUUGGCCCAGAUGGCACUCCGCUGCCUAUGAAGCGGAAGCGGGGUCGUCCUCGCAAGGCGGAUCAGAUCGCAUGGGCUCAAGCUACCGGGCAACCUCUCCCCCCACCAAAGCCGAAGAAGCCGUCGACAGCCAAGAAGCCAGCCGGCACCGGUCGGCCGCGGGGUAGGCCUCGCAAGGCAGACGUUGCCGCCGCCGCGGCUGCUGCGGCUGCAGCAGCUGCAGGUGGCGAUCAAGCCCAGUUGGAGAACAAAUCUCCAGUUGACCAGAUGGACACAGACAUGGCUCAGAAGCGCGCGGCACCGGUUGAUAAUGACCCACGCAAGCGUCCUUGCCCGACACCACCAUACCCUCAAGGACAGCAUCUACCACCGCAGAGCCAGCCACUCUCGCAAACUCAAGCUCGUCCACAGCCAGGUCAACCGAUGCAGCAGCAACCGGGCCACCACAUGCCCUCGCACGCUCAGCACAUGACACCACAACCAAGUCAACAUCUCUCCCCUCAACCCGGCCACCACAUGGCACAACAAGGCCAGCUCCCCCCACAAGCGAACCUGCCGAUAUCAAUGCCACACAUGCCGAUGCACCAACAACUCCCACCUCACGCACCACGCUCUCAACACCCUCAACACCCCCACUUCAUGCAAAUGCCACCAAUGCAACAACUGCAACACCCGCAAUCCGUCCAUGGGCACCCCCAACCUCAAACCCAGCAGACCCAACCCCAACCGGGUCAACGAACUCCCGUCCAGCAGGGUCGCGCACCCCCAGCACCCGCACCCCAGCACCAGCACCAACACACAUUCCAAGUCCAGCUCCAACCCCAGCCAACCUGA